AGAGGGUGGUGUUGGUGUUGUUGCUGUCUCUGUUUUGGCGCUUUCAUUACGACUCACAACCUUAUUUCUUGCCUUGUUCACUAAAUUCAUUUCUCUUUUAGUUUUUAUCGCCGGCCUCACUUUCCUCUAAAAUCUGUCAAACCAUUUUCUCCGCAUGUAAAAUUUUUUCCAACUACUCUUUGAACAGCAUUCAACUUUUUCUUCGUUUACCAGAAAAAUGGGGUUGGUCAGCAGUUUCUUUGGGAUUCUUGGUUUUGCUAUUGGAAUACCUCUUGGCCUCUUGGUGGGGUUCUUUGUCUUUGUUUACUCAGAAACCAAACAAGUGAAGGACUCCGUUGUUAGACCAAUUAGUGAAUUAGGCCCAAAUGCUUUGCAAGAACUUCUACCCGAGAUUCCUCUGUGGGUGAAGACUCCAGAUUUUGAACGAGUUGAUUGGUUGAACAAGUUUUUAUUGGAUAUGUGGCCUUUCUUAGACAAGGCAAUUUGCAAGAUGAUUAGGAUCACAGCACAACCAAUCUUUAAAGAAUACAUUGGGAAGUAUCAGAUCAAAGCAAUUGAAUUUGAUACUUUAUGCCUUGGUACUCUUCCUCCUACUAUCUGUGGUAUUAAAGUCUUAGAAACAAAUGAAAAUGAAUUGGUCAUGGAACAAGUUAUAAAAUGGGCUGGCAAUCCAAACAUAGUGUUGGUUUUUUAUGUAUCAUCUAUGAAGAUCACAGUUCAGUUGGUAGACUUACAAAUAUUUGUGUCACCACGGAUAAUUUUAAGACCUUUAGUGCCAACGAUUCCAUGUUUUGCAAAGAUUGUGGUAUCUUUGAUGGAGAAGCCUCAUGUUGAUUUUGGGAUGAAAAUAUCAGGAGGGGACAUCAUGUCAAUACCAGGUCUUUAUAGAUUUGUUCAGGAAACUAUAAAAAAACAAAUUGCGAGCCUCUAUCUCUGGCCGCAAACCAUGGAAAUUCCUAUUCUUGAUGAAUCAACGGUGGCAAUAAAGAAGCCCGUAGGAAUACUACAUGUCAAUGUGGUUCGGGCACAUAAGCUUUUGAAGAUGGAUUUGUUGGGAACUUCUGAUCCUUAUGUCAAACUAAGCCUGACUGGAGACAAACUUCCAGCAAAGAAAACUACUAUCAAGAGGAGGAAUUUGAAUCCUGAGUGGAAUGAGAAGUUCAAGCUUGUUGUAAAGGACCCUCAAUCACAAGUUCUCCAAUUACAAGUCUAUGACUGGGACAAGGUUGGUGCACAUGAUAAGCUGGGAAUGCAAUUAAUCCCUCUUAAGCUGCUUAAGCCCUAUGAGAAUAAAGAUUUUACACUUGAUUUACUCAAGGACACAAAUAUCAAUGAAACUCCAAAUAAGAAGUAUAGAGGGAGUAUCGAGGUGGACUUAACUUUUGUUCCUUUCAGAGGAGAUAGUAGCAAGUUUGGUGGAUCUUCAGAAGGAUAUGGCAGGCAGGAAAGUGGACUUGAUAGUGUAUCUGAUAAUGAGGUCCAAGAAGGAGCAGGUUUGCUUUCAGUUGUGAUACAGGAUGCUGAGGAGGUUGAGGGGGAACAUCACAACAACCCAUAUGCAGUGCUAACCUUCAGAGGCGAAAGGAAAAGGACAAAGAUGAUGAAGAAAACUCGCCACCCACUUUGGAAUGAAGAAUUCCAAUUCAUGCUAGAGGAGCCUCCUCUGCAUGAGAAGAUACACAUUGAGGUUAUGAGCAAGAGGAAGAGACUUAGUUUUCUGUCAAAGGAAUCACUGGGGCAUGUGGAGAUUAACCUCAAUGAUGUAGUGCACAAUGGUCGUAUUAAUGAUAAAUACCAUCUAAUAAAUUCAAGGAAUGGAGAGAUACAUGUUGAGAUAAGAUGGGCGGUGGUUUGAGAAACCAAAGUCUAAAAGAGUAUACUUUCUUGUUUACCUUUUGCUUUCCUUACAGAAUUUUCUAGCUGAUGAAGUUUUUAGUUUUAGCUUUUUACAGUGUAUCUAAACAGA